CUCAAGGGCGGCUGACCUGCAGCACACAUCGCAAUCACUUGGGAGAGGAACAGCAACUUCUGGGACGGAGAUGACCCCCACGACUUCCCUAUGAAGCAGGAACAUCAGGAACGUCGGGAACAUCAGGAACAUCACUGACCAAUGGCACAGCACAAAAUGCUCAUGUUUUUAACUUCAAUAUAGUCGCUCAGCAGAAGUCCGAAGAACUUUCAUAAAGUCCUCACUUGUAGCCCAAGUCCUCCUCCUCAUCCCGAUGCUCUUCGCCAAGGGUCCGAGUGGAUACAAACAUCCGUUGAGGUAUACAAUGGAAGACGAGGGAGCGAGGAGCCAGAAGAACCCCCAGAAGAACGCUUCCAAGAAGCUGCAACUGCGCUGCAGAGAAGUUUCUGCUGUCACGCUGGCCUUACUUCUGCUUUGCUUUGGAGUUUGCAUUGGAGUUCUGGUACGGACCACCACGCUGCUGCAGUCCAGGAUUGUACGUCUGGAGCAGCAGCAGAUCUCGGCCUGGAUGUUCUCCUUGGAGCAGGUGGAGCCUCUCCUUUUGGACAGGCUGGACCAGAUCUUGGACAAGAAGCUUGCAGAGCGACUUCCCAAGACUCGAGGGGCGAGGGAGGCCCCCUACAGCUGCCUCUGUCCGCCAGGACCCCCAGUAAGUAGAGCAGACCCCUUGUGUGAUCCACGUGGGGUAAAGUAGCUUCUUAUCUUUUCACCUGGCUGUGAAGUACUACUGAAGGACUACUAUUGUCCCCUGUGGUAAAAUGGAGUACUGGAUGGCGUCUAUCCUAACGUACAGUACGUCCAUAACCUGCAUGGUGAUGCCGAGAUGCAUCCAACUGGGUCGGAACAUGUUUUCCCUCCUUGUCCUGUCCUUGUACUUGGACCAUAGGAGUUAAAACACAACUUUUACUGUUUUAGUCACGCAGGAGCGUAGGCCAAGUAUUUCUAAAAGUAUUUCUUCUAUUGAGGAUUGCAGAUAAGCAGAGAAAACAGCAAGUGGCCAAACAAAGCAAACAAGCGCCAAAGGAAGGAGAACACCUGAACUAAAUAGAAGGGAGUGGAAUUAGAAACAGGUGUGGGAGAUAGCAAAACCAAGGCAAGGCUAGACAGGAAGUGAAUACAAAAAUAAAAGCAUCCAAGGAGAAAGUCAACUAAAAAGGGGGUGACAGUUUUUCCACGAUGUUUGAUGACAAUUUGCUUUUUGUUAGAUUGAAAGUUUGUCAUCAUAUAACAGCUUUUUUUCAAAAGUCUUUUGGCUUCAACCUUUCAACUUGAUGCUCCUAAAAUGCUCUUCUUUUUCCUCCUAAGUACUCAUAAUAUUGUCCUAAAUCACAACAUUAGACUUCAUUCUUCUUGGAAAAUACUCCUCGUUUUACAUUUUUCCUCUUAGUUUAGUUUUCUUGUUCAUUCUAUUUUUAGAAUGUGCCCCGGAACCAUAACAAAACAGCUGCAGGUGGCAAUUGGCCCUCGGGCUGCACAUUGGACACCCCUGCCAUACACAAAUACGUUUAGCCCACUGCUCCUCCACAGGAACUAAAAAGCCUCCAAAGCAACGUCAAAGACGUGUGAUGUCAUUCCUGUGACAGGUGGGGGGUGGGUUUGGAGAACGCCCCCCCCCCCCAGUAUAAUGGGAGGGGUAUUGCACAUCUGUACCUUUUUAGUUUUGGGCUUUUUCACCGAUUUUCUUCACUAUUAUGUAACAGCUCAUUUCCUACCCUUUUGUUUUCCACGCUAUUUUUCCAACUGCGAUGCAAUGCAACGUUUGAGCCCAUUGCGCUGGGAAGCGUUGUUCCCAGGGGACCGGCCAUCCCGCAUACAGUGGCCCAAUUUACCCCCCGCCUCGUCCACUCAGCAGCCAAAUGGAAGCCACAUGUUGUCGGGUUACGGCCUAAUUCAAGUGACGGCGUCCUUCCGGCAGCGGGUGACCUCUGCUCCCUGCCAGUCGUCCUCUGGAAUGCCGGUCGUGUACACCGAAGGAAAGAUUUCCCAAAAAGCUGAAGUAGUGUGGAUCACUUUGAUAGAUUUAGAACGCUAAAACUAAAUGUACACAAACUGGCAACUUUUUGCUGUUAGCUGAAAAACACGCUAACCGUGGCAAACGCCCACUGAGGUUCCACCAUGUAACUUUCACUUUUGGGUCUCACAGCCACGAUGGUGCGUUCAGGGAGAUGAAGAAACAUUAUUAGUCAAGCGUAAACACAAACAUGUUGAAAAGGUGAGCUUCCGGCCAUCCAGCCAAGUGCCAACAAAAAGUGUAUCGGAAGUGGAACAGAGAAAAUGCGUAUUUCAUGUAAAUAUUCGGGAUGGUUCUCCUCGGCCAAUGGCGGAUGCUUUAGAAGCUUUUUAGAAAAUGUCAAGAGUUCCUGUUUUGACUUCCCACCAAUUAGCCCCCCGUCCUUCACUGAAGAGCCGCUUGACACAAGAGGCACUGACUUGUGUUCCCAAAGCCCCUCGGCUGCGGAAAGCGCCAGAAGCCAUUGUGGUCCGGGUCCUUGUGUAUUGUUUACUACCGGCGUCAGCUGGCUGGGAUGCGUUCAGGGCCCACCGUGACACGAGGGCCAUUAGUCGCUGGGUGCCGCCUCCGCCCGUAGCCAUUUGUUGAAUGAGUUCCUUGUUCCACUCCACAUGAUUCCCGGCGGUACCUUCGUGGAUCCUGGUAUAUGGUCGUUUCCAAGAUUCCCCGCUCAACAUUCGCCCGCAAAUAUGGCAGGACGUUUCUCCGCCAGUAUCGAGUGGUUCCCCUGUCAGACGACUAUCGCAGAUUGAUAAGAAUCAACCAGUGGGCUUUGCUGAUGCUUGUAUGGCCACUCUUGCAGUGCAGUAACCAGUAUACCAGUAUACCAGUAUACCAGUAUGCCAGUAUACCAGUAUACCAGUAUACCAGUAUGCCAGUAUACCAGUAUGCCAGUAUACCAGUAUACCAGUAUACCAGUAUACCAGUAUACUUACAAUGGCUAUUUUACAAUGGCCCUACAAUUAGUAUUAAUAACGCAGUAGUCAUAAUAACAAACAUACAUUCUAGUCAUAUAAGCAAGUCGCCUCCCUCAGUCCCAGCCAUUUUCCACAAGGCGUCCCUCUCUGUAUCGGCCAUUUUGGAUUCUUUUGACUGAUUUUUCAAGGUACGCAGAUAUUGUGUUCUUGGGCUAUAUAGACAUGUUUCAGCAAAAUAUCCGUUCCCAACCGAAACGGAGGAAAACAACUUCUUAUGAAAAGAUACAUUUGCCACAAAUGUAUCCAUGUACCGUUUAUUUAGCCAAAAUACAGCCUGGUCCAACCUAAGAAGGGUUGAAUUGAACUUUAUGAAUACAUGAAUAACCAUAUAAGAUAAGAUUGUACUUCCACAACAUGGACUGUGAUGAGCUGCCUGUGUUGUCAUGGUUCUAUUUCUAUCUGCUGUAUUUCUAUGGGAACGACCAUGGCCACCUCGUAGAAGAUGCACUCCUGCCCCCUGGCGGCCAUUUUCCCCAUUUGCCAUCACUCCAUUUUGCUUAAAUGACGUAUAAAUCCAUCUUUGGGAUUUGGCGUUGGGGUUGAAAACAGCGUAUGAAUACAUCUUUGGUAGCCAAUGAGUGAAGAAAGGAAGUGAAGUCAUAGGAAACGCAAAGGGAUGGUAUAUCCGGGGAUAUGACGCAACCACAUGUCCUGCCAUAUUUGUCAACUUGUGGGGGCGGGAAAGGACCGUCAAUCAUGUUUGAUUCGUAGACACCCCACCCUCAUCAUGAUUAUGAUGACUUAUGACUUAUGAUCAUGAUGAGGGUACGACUACUGAUGACUUAUGAUUAUGAUUAUGACUAUGACUUAUGAUUAUGAUUAUGACUACGACUACUGAUGACUGUUAUGAUUCUGACUAUGACUACUGAUGACUGUUGAUUAUGAUUAUGACUACGACUACUGAUGACUGUUAUGAUCAUGAUUAUGACUAUGAUUACUGAUGAUUGUUAUGAUUAUGAUUAUGACUACAUCUACUGAUGACUGUUAUGAUUAUGACUACGACUACUGAUGACUUAUGAUUAUGAUUAUGACUACGACUACCGGUGACUGUUGUGAUUAUGACUACGACUACUGAUGACUGUUAUGAUUAUGAUGAGGGUACGACUACUGGUGACUGUUAUGAUCAUAAUUAUGACUGCGACUACUGAUGACUGUUUUGAUCAUGAUUAUAACUACGACUACAGAUGACUGUUAUGAUUAUUAUGACUACGACUACAGAUGACUGUUAUGAUUAUGACUAUGACUACUGAUGACUGUUAUGAUUAUGACUAUGACUACUGAUGACUGUUAUGAUUAUGACUACGACUACUGAUGACUGUUAUGAUUACGAUUAUGACUACGACUACUGAUGACUGUUGAUUAUGAUUAUGACUACGACUACUGAUGACUGUUAUGAUCAUGAUUAUGACUACGAUUACUGAUGAUUAUUAUGAUUAUGACUACAUCUACUGAUGACUGUUAUGAUUAUGAUUAUGACUACGACUGCUGAUGACUUAUGAUUAUGAUUAUGACUACGACUACCGGUGACUGUUAUGAUUAUGACUACGACUACUGAUGACUGUUAUGAUUAUGAUGAGGGUACGACUACUGGUGACUGUUAUGAUCAUAAUUAUGACUGCGACUACUGAUGACUGUUUUGAUCAUGAUUAUAACUACGACUACAGAUGACUGUUAUGAUUAUUAUUAUGACUACGACUACAGAUGACUGUUAUGAUUAUGACUACGACUACAGAUGACUGUUAUGAUUAUGACUAUGACUACUGAUGACUGUUAUGAUUAUGAUUAUGACUAUGACUACUGAUGACUGUUAUGAUUAUGACUACGACUACUGAUGACUGUUGAUUAUGAUUAUGACUAUGACUACUGAUGACUGUUAUGAUCAUGAUUAUGACUAUGAUUACUGAUGAUUGUUAUGAUUAUGAUUAUGACUACAUCUACUGAUGACUGUUAUGAUUAUGACUACGACUACUGAUGACUUAUGAUUAUGAUUAUGACUACGACUACCGGUGACUGUUGUGAUUAUGACUACGACUACUGAUGACUGUUAUGAUUAUGAUGAGGGUACGACUACUGGUGACUGUUAUGAUCAUAAUUAUGACUGCGACUACUGAUGACUGUUUUGAUCAUGAUUAUAACUACGACUACAGAUGACUGUUAUGAUGAUCAUAGUAGCUACUGUAUAAAGCUGAAAUAUGGCGUAUUUAGGGCUUAAACCUGGAUGCACCAGUAAAACUGAAGAGCGAUGAGGCAUCAGACCUAUUAAUUACAAGUAUGACUUUUCCUGCAAAUGUUGAUCCAAAAUCGGAGGAGAACAUCAACGGCCAGCUAGCAGGCGGGUGUGGCCAUUUCCGUGGGCACAUCCAGGUGGUUUUUUGGUGUUGGCUGGCCGGGGGGGAAGCGAGGCUCUACAAGCGGACAUCCUAGCCUAUGUUGACUGUGUGUAUUAGCCACUCCUCCUUUUUGUACCAUCAUUUCUCUCACUCCUUUUUCAGGGUCCUCCUGGACGAGCAGGCUUUCCGGUAACUUGCCUUUUUGAACGUUUGUCUUUGUGUGUCUUGCCAUUUGCAUGCCGUGGCCAUCUGAUCUCUUCUUUGGCUCCUCCUGAAUCGUUGACCAAAAACACCACAUGAGAACUGAAUGAACAGUUGGAGGCUGUGCUUUCGGUGGGGACUUCAGUCGCCAAUCCAGCUCUGAUGAGCACUGCUAGGACGUCACAUUUGUACAAAUCUCCAAUUAAAUCGUGUCGAACUCCAAACCUCGACACUACAUCAUCAUCUGAAGUCAUCAAGUAUUUGUUUGAAGACAUGACAAGAAAAAUACUGGCUUGUAAGAACGGGUUUUCAAGGCCAGAAAUAUGAAGACUUUAUGAUAUAUACAAUCAUUAUUGUAUGCAGAAAACUAUGUGAAAUAAUUAAAAUUGUCCAUUCAGAUACGGACCGAUACAGCACGGGGGAAACUGAUGAGGUCGUUUCACGCAGUUGCCAAAAAUCACAACAGCGUCUGAUUAUAAAAUGUAAAAUAUAAAUUCAUGUAAAUCCGGUUCAUAUCUUCCAGAAAGCUAAUGAUGCUAAGACAAAUAUGCCGCCUAUUUAUUUUGUCUCAAGGCUGUGAUUAGCAUCCUUAGCAUUCAGGAUUUCUUUAGGUUUAGCAUCCAUUCAGUGAUGAUGCUAACGCUAAUCAAGGCUCCGAACAAACCUUCUCCCCUUCACGUUCAUUGGGAACCAAUCCCAAGAGGACUACUGAGGCCAAACUCAGGACCUGCUUUUCUUCCUUUAACAUCUCUGCAUGCUUCCCAUCCCAUCACUAAAACAUGGAGCAUCCUUUGUGGAGGCCGCAGUGACGACUCUUCUAACAGCGGAUCCCAGUCAUCCACAGUCCUUACGGGAAGCAUGAACACGUCUUUCUGUUUUCCGUCCCUUCUAAAGAUAUAAAAGAGAUCAAAAGAGACAGAUCAUUACGUGAUGCCAAAGAUGUAUUUAUACACCUUACGUGAUGAUGCAACGGAACACUGAUGGAUGCCACUUUUAGAGGCGCUUUGAGCCCUAAAACUAAAAGGACCGUUGGCAUGUGAAGGCACCACGACAGCAAAGAGGAAGGUGAAGGUGGAUUACGUGUUGUAGGGACGUUUUAGGAACGCUCACACAAUUUAGUUCCUAAAAUGGUACAUACGGUGUUAGUAAUUGUAUAUACUACGUUGUUACUAUUAUUACUAUUUGGAUGUACAACAAUCCUUUGGGAUAUUUGAGCUGUCACAAAGAAACAAAGAUUUGUUUGAUGUACCUUUCCCAAACAGCUGUCUUUCUUGUUUUUUGUUGGAAACUGCUAUUUUCUGGAAACUUCUACCGCUGAUUACUAAAGAAUGGUGCCUUGAAGCUGCCAGUGAUAUCUGGUGAACCUGUUGAAGUCCACGUCCACGUUGAGCAACCCAUCAAGUCCUUGUCCACCGCUUUCUUUACCGCUUUAAGUGUCCGCUUGAAUCACGAAGACCGCUUUUGUAUUCGAGACCUUGGAGAACUUUGAGACCCCGGGGGUCAUUUUUACCAAAAAUGCAUCCAUUUACAUCGACAGGUGUCGUCUUGUUCAAGUCAUCAUGACCGCUGGUGUGCUUUGGCAAGACCGGGUUUGUGAUGAGGCCAAAGUCAGUCAGGACAAAUGGGGGGCGGGUUUGGUUGGUACCUUCAACGUGUCGGCACAGAACCAAAGAUCCUUUAUGCUCCAUUUGAAAUGUCCACAAAUGGAGGACUGACUGCCGUGGCUUCAAAGACCAACAACACUCUUUUCCAGACGAGAAAAAACAUAAAUAAGUCGCACUGGACUGGAACUUGCAGUUUUGGGGUGAAAUUGAUUUGGUGAAAUCAGACGUUUGAUCUUCCUCUAUAAGUCUGACUUAUAUUUGGGAAAAUACGGAAAAUGUGCAAGCAACUGCUCGUUGUGAGGACUGUGGAUGACAAAAUGACCCGACUGACCGGAAUGUCCUAUCAGAUCUGCCAAACGUUGGGCUGAGCAUGGCUGGAUGGAAUGAUCAGACUCCUGAUAGCGUGCUUCGGCUUUCCACCGCCAGCAUGACCUCGCCGUGCAGACGCAGUAUUGAACUGAUUUCCUGACAUUGGGACGUUGCAGACUGUAGAAAUCCUCUUCCAAGCGCUAAUCCUUGACUUGUUGAGGCUUUUCCUUUGGUGAAGUUCUUGAGUAAUACUAUGGGUAAUACCAUGGGUAAUACCAUGGGUAAUACCACGGGUAAUACUAUGAGUAAUACUAUGGGUAAUACCAAUGUCUCUGCAAUGGCUACAAAAACAAGUCGGAGUUGCAAGUCCAAAUGUCAAGUUAUGUCUUGGAAAGUCAAGCGUGUCAUCCUAACCUGACCUUGAACCCUGUCCCUUGUGAAUUUACAUUGGUCAGGGUGACAAAGGAAGUCUGGGGAUUCCAGGAAGAAUGGUGAGCUAUGCUAUGCUACUGUAUUUACAUGUCAUAAUCGAGCGUGAGCAGUAGUAUAAAGCCAUCCAACACCACAACACAUUGCUCCAUGGUACUGAGGAGGGAGCAGAGGGUUGACUGCCAGUACGAGAAACUUCUUCAUCUUUCAUGAAAAUACACAGGGCCGACACCCGGACACCAUGCUAAAUGUUAGCACUCUCUGUUGAUUGUUAGCCUGGGCUGGAGAGGCGUGCGGCUUAUAUGGAGCGCCAAUACCGGAGAUUUGAGGCCUGUGAGGCCACACACGGAACACAUGAAGGACAUAAACUAGGGGUUGGAUCCAACAGUAACAACUCCUGACUUGGAUCCCUGGGGGGGUCUGGCACACUGGAACACUUAUGUUGACCUCGGUCGGUCGACAUAAACAGGUUGACUUUUACAUUCCUAUUACCCAACAGAAAACAGAACAAGAAUUAAAGGCAUAAAAGACACGAUGUGCUUGUGUCUGUCGCUAUAAAUGUGUAGCGAAGUAAGGAAGUGGCGGACAGGAAGUGAUUCAGAGUUGAGUUUCAGCAUGGCGAGGGUUACUGCGUGGGUCAACAGUUUUUCUGUUGGGAGAGAAUUCCAACCCACAAUAAAAGCCUGUUGUUCCGGCUACCAAGUCUGUCUCAAGAGUAACAGUACUGACACCUAGUGGCCAGUGUAGAAUGCUACAUCAUCACACCAUAUUUGAAUGCGUCUUUUGAGAGCCUUAAAUCGUCACUUUAUUCAGUGAUAUUUAUUCUUGAAAAUGCUUCAUUUGGGAAGUAAAUAAGCACUAAACAGCAUUAUUUAUUAAUUAUGAUAUUUGGGGAAAAACUGUGAUGGUAGCGACAAGUGGUGAAGGCCGCCCGUACAAUCCAACCUUGGUUUUCAUGUUUUAUCAAAAAUCUGGCCUCUGUGUUUUGGACACUGUCCCGGGUCCCGUACAGUACUGCAUGUCCCAAACUGCUACUGCGUGUCUGUUUGCCGUGUGCAGUAUCAUUCCGUGAAUGCAGCAUCAAUUCCUGGUGGAAACUACCAAAUGAGCCCCCCUGGGGGUGAAAGGCUGUUGUGCUAACAAAUGGCUAAAGAAGGAAAAGUGAUGAACAGGAAGUCAUGCAUUUUCCCACAUUGUCCGUGUGCAUGUGAACUACCAUUCUCUGUCAAAUGGAUUUGAUGUAUUUUUGGGUGUCCGUGGGGUUGGAUUGACAUUAUUCCCAAUGAGAUGCUAGAAAUUGCGUCUGCGUUCGUCCAACCUUUGAAGCAAAUUAAUAACAAAAACCGAGGUUGCACCGUCUACGUUAUUGUAUAUUUUCGCUACUUAAACACGGUGGUUCACACAUGCAGUGCC